AAAUUUGUCAUAUAUGCUUUACGAAGGAUUGCCCCGAUUGCCCGGCUUUUUAUGCAGGCAGAAGCGAGUUUGAUUUUGCGUAGGUUAGUUCACGAUGAUCUAACGUGACAUACUUUGCCCGAUUUAUCUCUCGUUUGUUUUUAUCACGUCGAUUUGAUUGGCUAUCUGUCUUUUGUCUAACAGAUUUUAUUUAUCAAAUUGACAAUCGGGAGCAAGCAAAGUUUGUAAUUAUUGUAACAAAUAAUGCAUCACGUAAAAUUAUGAAGUGCUACGAGAAUCCUGAUUGUGUGCCUUUGGAGGAACUGCAAUUAAAUAUUAAAAAUGAUGGUGUGAUUGUUGUAAUAAAUGCAUUGAAUGCAAGAUGGGCAGAUGAUCGUUAUUUUUUACGUUACAAAGUGCCAGAAAUAUACAAUGAUGAUGGAUCAGAAAUUAUGGGUGCUAGAGAAUAUUGGAUAGAAGUUAUGAGUUACAUCAUUGAAGAUUUAAAGUGGUUGCUUGAUCUUCCAUUUUAUCGAUUUUGGUCCAACAUUGUAUACAAUACUUCUAUUAUUGAUUCAUUAGUAUCUUUUUUACAAGAGGCACCACCUUUUUAUGCCUUAGAAAAUUUUCCUAAUGAGCCAGGAAUGUUUGAAGCAUUAGAGAAACUUCGUUACAAUGUACUUAUGGUUUUUGCACGUCUUGCUACAAACAAAGAAAGUUCGACAGAAUACAUGAGCCGUCUAUUUCUUGGAAAUUUAUUAUAUGACAAUUACAUAUUCACAAUACCAAUUAUAUUUGAUUUAUGUCAGCUGUAUGGUAGAGAAAAUACUAAAGUAAUAGAAAAAAUCAUAUUUAGCAUAUUUACUCUACAACCUAUGUACAAUGAUGAUCUUAAAAAAUCUGUGACAUGUCUCAUAAAGGCUUUUGAAAAUGUCGAACGAAGAUUUGAAGAUUGUCUAGACCAUGCAACUGAAGCAGUGGUACUUGCAGAGAGGGCAAAUGAUUCCAUAGAGAUGACAUUAUAUAAUUUAGAGGAUUUGAUAUUAUACAUUUUAGAUGUGUCAUCAACUCUGAGUAUAUUAUUAAAAAGUUACCCUCCAGUAACUGCCACAUUUCACAGAGAUGACUUUAUAAACAAAAUAAUUUCAUUUUAUGGUAAUACAAUACCUGAAAUAUAUAAAAAAUUAGACAAGUUAGCAUACAAUGACGAAAAUAUGCCAAAGUACAUCGAAUUGAAGCACCGUCUUGAUGUAACUAGAGUGGAAAUGUUAAGCCUUUAUAGAAUUAUUGUCUAUGAACCUAUAUUGAAUAUUCAGGAAAACAUGAUAAUGGAAAGUGAGAUAAGAAAUUGUAUAGAUGAAUAUUUAAAUUUAUUGAUGAAUGCUAUUUCCGAAAAAGAAUUCAUUAUCGAUUAUCAUGAAUUUUAUCCAAUUAAUACUGAUCUUGAAACUAUUUCCUCACUCCACCCUGAAAUUGAUACAAUAAAAUGUGAAUAUAUCUUACAAUCAUUAUAUGCAUCGACUGGAGAUACUAAAACAGUGGUUAAUUUAUCUCAUAAUAAUGCAAAUGUAGCUGUUGCUGGUUCUAGCACUGUUCAAAGCAGUCAACGGGAAGAACAUUGCAAUAAUGUGAAUUACAUUAAUAAUGAGAUAGAAUCUACUUCAGAAGAUCCUGACAAAUUGAUGUCUCUCAUCUCAAAUGUGAGAGAAAUUUUAUGUGAUUGUGGUCCAGGUUUCAUACAGCAAUGCUUAAAAUACUACAAUUAUGAUGUUGCAUCUGUGGUAAAUGCAGUUAUAGAAAAUAAUUUACCAUCUAAUUUAAAAGAAAUAGAUAAGACAUUACCAUAUAUACCACCAGAUCCAAUGGAAGCAUCAGCUGCUGUAGAUGCAGCGAUUGGUAUUCAAAGGUUAAAUAUUUUCGAUAAUGAUGAAUUUGAUGUUAUGACAAAAGAUAUUAUAGACACGUCGAAGAUUUAUAUGGGAAAAAAACAAGAAAAAUAUAAAAAUGCAAAUGAAAUGUUAAACGAUAAAUCUGAAAUCAAAAAAUCCCGGGAAAUUUAUGAGAAGUACAGUAUUGUUGAUGAUUAUGAUGAUGAAUAUGAUGAUACAUAUGACAGCCAUAACAUUCGUGGCAAUGUGCCGGAUGAUUCUACAGAAAUAGAUGCCAGACCAUUUACUAUGCCAAGGGUACUUCGUGCACGUGAUAAAAAUAAUGUUAGUUCCGAAGAUGAAAAUGAAGUUGAAGAUGAGAAGCCAGUGCAGAAUGACCAGUUUGUACAGAAUCCAGUGGAAUCACGUGCUAAAGCUGAACAGCAAAGACAAUUGGCAAGAGAUGGCAAAAAUACGCGUGAUGUAGUUGGCAACUCCAAAGGCCAAGGGCAAAAUAAAGAUGUGACUAAUAGACAUAAGAAAAAUGUAUACAAAGGUACGCAGAGUUACAAUCGUCGCAUGGGUUCUCAAUAUAAAAAAAGACAAGGAAUGGUUCCAUCUUAGAAAAGGGCGUAUUUUUAACGUGAAAAGUCUACAAUGUACAUACUGCCAAGCACAAUGAAUAUAUUUAUAUAAUUAUUUAACACAGCAUUCCACAAAAUACAAAAAACAUUCUUUUAACAAUGCUUACCACAAUCAUUUGUCUAUUUGGUAUUGUUAUUCUUAACAAAGAACUUUAACAAAUGAAUAUAUAUUUUUAUUUUAAAAUAA